UGGAGCUUUGAACGGUUUGUUCUCGAUUUCAAAAACGAAUUAAGUAAUGAUAAACUGAAAAAAUUUGAUUAUCAAGUUGUUGGCGUUUUUAUUUAAGACAUCAAUCAAAUAAAAAAUGUCUCAACGAAGAAUCACCAGAAGCCGGAGGUCGAGCAACAUCUCAGGCAUCUUAAAUGAUAACACAGAUAUUCUGGAGAACGCGGACCCAUUGUGGGCAAACAGGACAGUUGUGCGUCCAUCAACAUCCCUCAACCUGACCACACGUGCUAGUUCUGUAUUAAAUUCAAACUCAACAGUAAAGUCUUCUCGGUGGACUGAAGGAUGGUACACAAACUUGUCGGAAUCAAGUACUUCAAGAGUCUUUGAAAGAGAAGCGAAAAAAAUGGCCUUUGAUGAAGAGGAUACAAAUGUUACAAAAGAUCCUCAAGUGGAAAAUGAAAGCAGUGACGAGCCUGAGAGAAAGGUAUUAAAAUUUAAAGCUUUAAAGAAGGCAAAAAAACCAAGUGAGGAAAAUAAUGUGUUCAUGGAAGUUUUACAUAAAACCGACUCUAUUUCAAAAAACUUGAAUGACGUUGAAGGAUCUGAAGGAAAUUUAAGUGAGUCAACCAAUGAUGAUUCAAAAAUGCGAAAAAAAUUGAGGCCAAGACUUUUCAAAUCUUCUAAAAACGCUGCUAAAGAUUUUAAAAACAAAUUUGAUCAAGUUUUUGGAAGUGAAAGUUUGACAGAAAAAAUUCAUGAUAGUUCCAAAAGCCCAAGAUCUUUAAAGAAUUUGAGUGUUCACACACCUUCAACUUCUAAAACAGAGAGACAGCUUAAAUACUCAGCAAAAUUUUUUUCAAAAAAUAAAAUUACUGACAAGCAUCAAUUGAGCUCUGACGUGGUACAAAAAUUUUCAAAAGCAUUAGAAGAAAAUAAUAGCAGCGAUGAUGUUUCUCAGGGUAAAAAGAUCGAGGCAAGUGUUGAAGUGUCACCCAAUAAAACUAAUGAAGGAAACGCAUCAGAUUCCAGUUUGAGAAGUGAAAAUACUCCUAAUGCAGCAUCAACAGCUACUAGUCGUAGUAGAUCACUUCAAAAAAAGACUGAGGAAAACUUCAUGAAUAAUGUAGAAAAUAAAGAAAACUCAACUUCAAAUCGUAGAUCAAAUAUUGAGAAGAGUUGGUUUGAAGCAUCAUUUGGAACAGAAAAAAGUGAAGCUGAGAAUGAUUUUAUUAACGAAUCACAAAAAAUGGAUGAAAAAAGGAAAUCAAUUGCUAUCUCUACGCUUCGUGACGUUCAAAAUGCCAUACCAAACAUUGGCCUUAAGAAGCCACGUAUCAUUUUGGAAAAUAUAAUGGUACCAGGCUCAGAAAAUUAUGUUCCAGUUGAUCAAAUUGUCAGUAAUACAAAGAUAAUACCAUCCACUGAUAAAAUUGACAAAUCUAAUAUAAAACUGAAAAUCAGUGAAAUGCCUAAAAAUUUGCAACUUUCACACACUUACGAUUCUGAAAGUACUGAAAACCAAGAUGACUCUCUCCGACCACUAGCACCGGCUCAGUCUACUCUUACUUUUCACGGAAAGCCUAUUGCAGCCUUUCGCAUGAGUGCAAUUCCUGAAACUCCAAAACGAACCAAAGAGAGUGAACUACAGGUUGAUGAAGAAAAUGUUGAUGUCGACGACUUUGUAGAUGUAGAAGUGUACAACAGCAACGAGGAAGGCCCCCUUCCUUCUCGUCCACAUUCUUCUGCCUCUCAUCCAUUGUCUAAUAAAAACAGAACGAUUACCACUGAUGAUGAACGCGUCAGAGCCUUCUUGACUGAAAAACCAAUGAUAAGCAGAAGGGAGAAAGCUCUACAAGAAAGCACUUCGAAUAUUGAUCCAUCAGUGUGGGCAACGAUUAAAAAGAAAACGGAGGCUCUAAAGGUUAAAAUUGAAGCGAGUAACCAGCACACUUAUGAAGAGCAGCGCAAGCAGGAAAAGAAAAAAGCUAUAAUCAACGAGAAAUUACGACGUGUCAAAGUUGCCCAAGAAGCCCGGAAAAAAGAGAAACUUAAAAAACCUAUCAAUAAGGCAUUUUACGUAAGUGGCAAACCAUACAAACAACCAAAACUACCAAAACCCAAGAGUUGGGUAACACCCAGACUGUACAAAUAUCUAUGGAAAGCUAUGGAACCAAAGUUCGGUCUAAAGACAAGAGUCAAAUCGGAAAAAUUCGUUUUAAAACUAUCAAGCAUCUACACUGUAAUUAUUCGGAGAAACAAGUAUGAAAAUUAUGUGGCUGAUUUGGACAAUUUAUUGGUUGAAAUGGCGAAAUUGGGCAUUAUCAAGACUCGCUAUGACUUUUAUAGGUUUUGCAGCGAUUUCAUGCCACCGGACUUCAAUAAAAAAGUUGUACCCAUGAUGCUUCCUGGUAACAAGAGAAACAUUCCUUAUGAUAAAAAAUUAGUAAAUAAACCAAUAAUUGAUGAUGAUAGCAGUGUUGACGGUGCAUCCGAAGAGCGUUUAGAGCAUCGUUCUGAAAUUAGUUCAGGUUCAAAAUCGGAGUAAUUUAAAACUUUUUUUGUACUUUUUAUGAAAUUUUGACAAGGUCAAGAUUAAAGUUAAAAAAAGGAAUAAUACUUGAAAGCUCAAAUGUGGUUUUUGAAAGGCAAAAACCUAAAACUUAAUCAUUAUAAUACUACAGUACAUUGCAAUACCAACUUGUA